AUGGACAGCGAUGAGAGUUCAAGACUACGGCCCGUCAAACGACGUCGGACCAGCUUUGGUGGCUCAGUAACGACGAAGGAGACCAGCUCCAAAGGCAUACUGCAUCACCAGAAAUCUCCGAGUGACACCAAUGUAGCAAUUAGUCUCAGUCGGCCUGAGUUUAAUCGCGCCGGUGCGGAAGAGUUUGAGCAAAGUGGCUCUCUUGAUGCAAUAGUGGACACUUCGGACAGCGAAGAACGUUUAUUGCUCGAUGUCUCAAUAACACCAAGGUUUCAGGCGCGUUCAUUGUCUUCUGAAGCUACACCGGCCAGCCAGCAGAGUAUCAAGAUUAUAGUUCCCAAGGCACUCAACGCAUCCGAUUCGGAAAUCGUUACAAAUCUGCCAUCCAGUCCCAAGACCAGCAGUUGGCCUCCCAUCUCAUCUCCAAUGAUGACACAAACGUCGUUGGACAUCGUCAAAGAGCCUGUUAGUGGGGUCUGUGUGCCGUCUAAUGAACAUGAUGAGCACACAGGUGAUCAGAAAUCGGAUCACGCAGACUCUGAUGGGUCUAAAACAGAGAGUGAGGAGGACUGGCCACAAGUGACAUGGCGAAAGGUGGUAGAACCGCUGCGGCCAAGCGACCAUUCAGGAGACCAGCAAAUAGUACAAGAAGCUGUCUAUGAGAGGCCAUCGUCUCGCUCGAACGGCGAACAGUGGGUUCUGGGUGGCAGCCCUCAAAGAUUAUCGCCUAAGCCGACGACUUCUCAACCUCAAUCCACAAACGCCAUCCAACGUUCGCCCUCGUUGACGCCUCCGCCUCCCUCUCCGCCUCGUCGACGUACCCGAGAAAGCAACAAAAACUUUGCUCCAUACACCGCUUACAAGAAAGUCUUCGGAGACAAAGAAUUGCGACUUCUCGAAGAACGGGAGAGCCGACGGCGUACCCAUAAGAGACAUCUGGAUGAGCUGGAAGAAGAAGAUCCUGCGUGGACUGCUAGCCAAAGUCAAAUCGAGGAAGAAAGCCAGGCUUUUCCUGUCUUUAGUCCACAGCGACAACGCACCUCUUCCAACACGAAGAAGCUUCCACCAAUCCCAACUCCAGCCUGGGAUAGUAUCAGUAAACGCCCUAAAAAGCCCAAUCAUUUGGUGAAGUCAGUUUCUCGGGAAGCUCCACCCUCACCUCUACGCCGAAUGUCCAAAAGGAGCCCAGUGAAUCGCAAGCUACUACAAGAGAAACCCCGAAGAUCACAAAACUCUGUUGAUCAGAAUGAUGGGAGCUCAAGUCCGAGGGCCUCACCAUCUGUGGUCGCAGAGGCACUUCGUCGCUUGUAUGGAGAGGACAGCGAUGAUGAUGACGAACUACUUCGCAGUGCGCACAUAGCGUCCAAGUCUAUGGGAAUUCCUGAGGAUGAGAAUCAGGAGGCUACCGGGCCAGGCACAAGUGACUCGGCCAUGGAGAGCGUGAAUAGUGCAGAAAACGACACUGAAGGCUCCGCAAGCCAAAUGAAGGUGGAAGAUGCCGAUGAAUCCAUGGAGGAAGAGGAAUCAGAGGACGAACUGGAUCGCAGGCGCCAGCGCAUACUUAGUCGAGUAUGGCCCACUGUUCUUAUCCAGAAGAAGGCAGAAGAGGCGAGACGAAAAGAGCAAGAAAGGCAACGACGGGACCGCGAAGAGGAACGUGCGCGACGGCGAGCUCGUGGCCUUGGAGAUAGUGAUCCUAGUGAGAGCGGCGACGAAGAAGCAGUGACAUUACAUCCUGGGCAAUCGAGGGUCAAAACACCCCGACAGCAUCGGACUCCAGCCAGAGAAGCCUCUGUCUCGCCUCCAGCGUUCGACGAGCUUAUUGACCUUACAUCCGACCGUGAAAGCCUUGACAACGAUGUUGAGGAAGACCUUCGCGAACAGCGAAGUGAUACAUAUUCAUCGCGUCAAGUCCGACACAACCUCGAAAGUGAGAUGUCCAACUCGGAUAUGGAGGGAGUCCCCAUGAUGGAAGCGAUGGAGGACAACCGAGUUGCAGGGAUAAUCAGGAGAGUCGACGGCUCGUCUGGUACUCGCAACCAGCGUUCCGAUGUCCGACGAGUUCGUCAGCGACUCUCCAGUCACGAACGGCCACAAAUGGUGCAAACUCGAAUAGACAGGAUGCUAAAUUCCGUCCAUGGAAUUUCAAAGCGCAAAUCAUCAAACACCGUGAAACCUCGCAAGCAUUCUGGUUCCCACUCAACCGGUUCCAAGCCCCGAAGCACGUACCAAUCACGCCUUUCCCUGAGGCCUCCCGAGAGAGACUCAGAUCACCAUGCACUCCAUGUCUCGAUACCUUCCAGUGGGGUCAACAAGAGACACCCAAUGAAGCGAAAAUCAGACCGUGGUCCGUCAGGAGUUACAGUUGUGAUGCGAGGGGAUACUCAAUUUUCUGCGGACCUCGUCGACGCUCUCACUGCAAAAAGUCAUCCGACUCGAAGCAAGCCACCGUACGCAGCACGCUCGACGCAACCUCGAUCUGUUGCUGUUGACGCAGCUUCAAGUAGCCACGACGACAUCUAUGUGCAGGAAUCAAGUGAUCUACCGGACUUGGACGCAAGCAUCGAGAUAUCCCUCCACUCUGCUCUGGCAUUCGGUAUGAAACGGACUCGUGAAGGCUUUCAAUUGCCGGAAACAUCUUGGCUAAUGCAGGGACGCCUGCUCGAUCUCGUCAACAUCCUCUCUGGUCGAAGUAGCGCCAGUCGCCCCCUUCCAUUUCAUGCCUCUGGCAUCCGCUUCGACCCUUCGAUACCUAUACCCGAAUUCCAGGUUCAGAUACCGACUAUCUGUGACCUUCUCUACGAGGCCGCAUUCGACAAUGGGCCAGAGGCCCAGGCUCAGUUGCACAACCUAACGCGAUACGUUUGUUUAUACGUAUCAUGGUCGGUCGAAACGGGAAACGAGGACUGCGUGGAUGUUCUCAACCACGUUAAAGGCCAGGUUGUCCUGCUCAUGGAGAGAAUAGAAGAGGAGCUUAACCUGAAGCAAAUAUCAGGCAAACAGUUCACCCUUGAACUAUUCUCCAUCCACUGGUUUGCAGUCGAAGUCAGCAACAGAAUUGCCUGCGCUAUCUUGGCGUUGGAGCAACGGGAGGCGCCUAGUACAUUUAUCCUCAGCGACGCAACGGCAGAUCGCUUCGCUAUUAGCUUGAUGUCAAGACUGUUCGAGUUUGGCAUCCGAAGAAGCUGUUUGGCCUUUCACGAUGCACCUCGUGCUGAUCCCCUAUCUUUGUAUACCCUCGAACUAUGGGUUGCCUUGAUCCAAAUCAACCUCCUCGACCCCUCCGCAACUGAAGUGAACAAAGAUUCGUCAGACGUCUUCUGGAAGCAAGUUGUGCGCGGAUUAGACCGAUCAACUCGACCGUUCACCUCGGUUGUGCACGAAACGGAAUUCAUAUUCGCAUCAAUAUUCUGCCUCUGUUCCAUUUCCAGCAUCGAUGCAUUAGGACUGGGAACGGAUCGAAGAAGGUUGGCAAGCUAUUGGCCGAUAGUCUGUAGAGCUCUUAGCUUGAUCGACUUAUCACAGACGAUUGGAAAGGACAAGAAAGUUCCUCAGGCGACUUUGGUCGCAAAGGAUACCUAUACUGGCAUGCUAUUUGCGCGAUGCAAUGUGCUGGCUUUCCGGUGGGAUUGGUCUCUCGCAGAUCAGGAUGAGUUCAAGCAACUCUUCGAUAUACUUCGAGGAGCCCUAAAAGGGCGCAGGUUCAUGAAUCUGCUUCACGAACAAAGCGAGUUUCCGCGGUUCAUCACCUACAGGAACUUGGAUCUUUUACGCCGGUUCGAAGCAAAAGAUUCCAUUCAGACCAUCCUAAUCAAACUUCUGUUCAAGAAACUUCAGGAUGCAGGCGAAGAUAUCCAAACAUCCAGAAAGUGGAUCUCGAUGCUAGCCACGGCUUCUGUUUUGGAAUACACUCGCGAUAAACCUCCAACUCAGAAGGACCUAUCAGCUCUGUUUAACCAGCUCACUAUAAAGAUUAUCCUCUUCUUCGUUGCACCUAAUCUACCAAAUGCUCAAGCCCAGAUAGGUAGCUGUAAGAAGACAAUCGACUUCAAGGUGGCAGACCAAAGGUCACGGCAAAUCUGUAUCCGAACGGCGAUGAUAUUCGGAAGACUCCAUCGUCAUUACGGCCUCCCCAUCCAGGUGCCCAUAGCUUGGAUCACCGAAAUGUGCCUUAAUCUUAUCGAAGAGCUUGCAAGAGGCAGAACAACAUUCACCAGUCACCAAUUGAAGGAGAUAUCGAUGCUUUGCGCAUUGAGUAUCGCUUCUGUCAGAGACGUGCUCCUGUCCAAUACCAUGGAUGACGACCAGACUCCUUUGGAGCCAAUCUUUCCUCAGCCUUCGUGCUGCAUGCUAGAUAUUAUCCCUCGACUACUCGUCAUUUCUCGAGACGACGAAAGAUGUCUGAACGAGAUCAUACUCCUUUUCAAGGUCAUCUUCGACUUGCGCUCCCAUUUCUUCCCAGACCCAUCCCUGCCAGACUUUCCUCGGGAGACAGUAGUGGAAGAGGAGUCUCAGGAGGAUUACGGUUUCGCCCCCAUUGAUAUGAACGACCUUAAUUUCAUGGAGGAAAGAAUAACAGAUGGGGAGAGCCUGCAUCAGCAGGAGGACCGGACACUUGCACAGAUGCUCAUAGAGCUCAUUGGUCCUGUGACGUCUAUCGUCAGUCGUUUAGCAUAUGCCGAGUCGGCGGAGCGGAAGAAUGUGGAUGUGAUAGCGUGGAUUGAAUGUUGGGCCGAUUUAUCUCUCGUAGUCACAUCUCACAAUAUCAAGGGCUGGGAUUACUUUCUCCAAAGGAGUCCGUCAACGCUCGGUCGGGUGGAAGACUUUGCGUGGAUACAGGAAACGGAGCCCAUCUUCUUGAUGAAUAUACUUCGAGGGGACCCAAAGGUUUAUCAGGUUUCGAGCGAUAAGUUUAUCAAGGCAUGGUUCAUGACUAUGGGUGCAGAUUCCGCUCAUAUUCUCCCGCCCUACACGUUCACCUUGUUCCGAGUCGACGGUUUGAGGCACCCCAUAUUCGCCAAUGUUCCUUUCCCACGCGCCGUGACAGAGGAGGAUUUCGAUGAAGGGCUAUUUAUUUCCAAUCGCAUGAUUAUCAUCGAGAGCGUCCUUUCCAAUGUCGAGCAGAAUCUCCAGAGGAUAUCCUCAGGGGAUUCUACAGACGAGCGUAUACGGCUGAAUGCGGAGGCAAUAAGCGGAGUUGCGGAGUUGCUCAAAGCGAUGCGCCACAACGUGACCACGUACAUCAGUUCACGAGAAGGCGGCGCAGUCGUUGAAUAUGUUGAAUUUUGCAUGCACGUGGUCACAAUCCUUCGCUCGCUUGAGAUUGGCCGUCAAGCCACGCUGACAUCCCUGCUCCAUGAACACUGGAUUGACCGCGCCGAAGCUUGGCUGCGUAAUGAAUAG